AACAUAUACAUGAGAAAAUUCUUCAUCAAGGAGAGAUACAAAUUAGGCAUAUAAAGAUGGUUCCUUCUUUUAACAGCGAAGGGGAUGAAUUUACAGUCGUCUAUGAUUGAACUUCAAUGGGGACAGCGUCAAAAAGAAGUGGCUGCAACCAAUUGAUGGCUCUGGUUUCUUGGGCUAAGAAGGAGCUUUCUAGACUCAAACUCCAAAAGCCUAAAAGAUUGACACUUCCUGAAAUUUCUACUUCUUCCGAAUGUUUGGCACAUCCUCUGAUCCAGGAAGUGGUAUUAGAUGCAGAUUUAAGAUGUGCCCACUGCCAAAAUAGAGUUACUAGUGUAAUUUCAAAUGUUGAAGAUAUAGAGUCUAUUGUGGUGCACGUACUAGAGAAGAAGGUGACUCUUAUUCGCAAAUCCACUAGUAAAUGAUGUUAAAAGGAAAGCAAUUUUGGAAUUUAGGUACUCAAUUACCAUCAGAUACAAUGUCAUAAUUGCACAAAGUGUUGUAAUUAAUGUACAAAUGGUUGCGAUCAUCAAUGUGUGUCUCUGCUUGCUUGUUUCAUAAUCUUUUGUUGAAAAAUUUCACCUUGUGAGAAAUGAAUGGUAGACCUACCAUUCUGUUCAAAAAAGAAUGUAUUACUAGUAUUUUUAUUCCUUCAUAAAAGUGAGAUGAUUUAAAUGGUA